AUGAGUGAAUGCGAAUACUGUAAAUCUACAAAUAUGCUGCCUCUUAGUGGGAAAUACUACUGCGAAGAAUGCGAAAUAUAUUACAUAUAUAAAGAUAAAAAGCAAGAGUAUUCCAAUCUCCCCAUAGAGGAUGUAAACCAAAUGUGUGUUGGAGAUCAUCUUUGCGGAAGAUGUAAAUCUAAAUAUUACGAAAAGAAAACCAUCGUAUGCACAACAUUCCGUGAAUACUUCAGAAAACUUCCCUUGUGUAAGAAAUGCAAAAAAAGUAACGAAAAGUCCAUAAAGAAUGCCUUCUUCCGAAACUUCAUACUUUACAAAAUGCAUGGUAGAAUCUUUUCAAUUCCAUUCAUAGCACUUCAUACCAUAUGGUUUUAUUUGAUGGGGAAUACCGUCCUCUACAAGCUUAUCGUGAUCAACUUAAUUGCCUAUAAAAAAAAAGAGUUAAGGCCUUACAAAUGCUUGCUCAGCUCUAUUUUCAUCACCAUUUUUGGUUUUUGGAAUUGGAGUGACAUACCGUUCUACCUGUACUGCUUGUUUUCAAUGGUGUCGUCUAAAAGAUGGUAUUAUAAGGUUCCUGUCAACCUGGACGGGGCUCCUCCAAACAUUCUAGAAUACUUGGAGCAACUCAACAUAGGAAGAAAGAAAAGUCGAAAGUCAUGA